GUGUCUAGGAACGUUUUGCUCUGCAAUGUGAGUCAUGCCUGGAGAUCCAUCAAGUUAUUGACUAUAUUUUCCACAAGAGGACCAGACUGUUUCACAAGAUGCAAUAUAUCCCUGAUGUUACAAGGUUAAUUCACUGUGACUCACUCAACCAGGUUCUCUAAAUCCUCAAGCCCCGAAAUCCGUAUUAUAAGGAUAUGUGAUGUUUAUUUGGGAUGAGAGGCACAACUAGACGUCAAUAACUUCCUCAGAGGAAGACAAAGGUGUCAAUGAAAACAGCACUCAAGAAGCUUUAUGGCAGAAACAGGCCAAUCAAAAUGGGUGCCAGGCACUUCAUUUAAGUAAAACUGCCGUACAUAAACACAGCAGCCAUUAUACUGACAGAGUUGCGAGCCGUGAUUUCUGGCUACAACAGCCGGGGUCACGUGGUUUGACCUCGGUGAUGGAUGCUCAAUCAGCCCCACAUUGGUGCCGAUGCUCAGACCUGGAGCCAAGAUUGAAGAGCUCAUCUCUGGGCAUGGUGCACUUUAUAGGGACAGAAUCAAUUCACUUCUCCCCGUCCAAGAUUCUCCCUCUAUUAUUCUUAAGGAAGUAAUUCAUGUAAAAGAAAAGGACUGAAAGUGACAAGAACAUCCCGUAAAUAACAGGUGAUAGACGACUUUCUCACUCUGCUGGCUUUGUAUCUGUCGUGUUGAUGAAGGGCCGCUGGCCACGGAUCCAGAUCCUCAUAUUUCUGUCAGCCACUACAUGGCCCCUCUUGCAAAGGACGGUGGUCCAUUGACGAAAGCCAUGGUGACUACCUAUUGAUUGAGUGCACUGGGGUGGAGGGGCCCUCCUCCCACAUCUGACAGGAUAAAAGUAUAGCUGGGAUGGACCAAAGGCAGUGGAUUUGCUGGGGCAGGUUGAGAACGAGUUGACACUACGGUAAGCACUUCUUUGGGACAGUUGCUUCGCUGACAUGGACAGUUUUGUCUCUGUGAACUACUGGCUGGGACUGCUAGCUUUUCUGCUUCUACAAGGGGUAGUCAGUGUGGAGGGAAGAAGCAUCUUCAACCCUGGUGAGUCUGCUGGUUUGGUGAAUGAAUGUGUGCUAGCUGCUGGCCUAUUUGAGGCAUAGACGGCCUGAAGAUGUAGGCGGUCUGAGGACGCUGGUUGCAACUAAUGGGUUAAUUCCCAGCUGUUUUGCAUGCAUUGUCAGUUGUUAUAAUGUGAGCAUGCAAAAGCAUACGGAUAAUUAUUUUGUUGGUGUUCUACGGCGAAGUCAUUUAGUGUUUGCUUGGCAAUUCAAUUGUGUUCGUCCAACAAUACUGUUAAUACUGCACUGUGAAUGUGGCUCAGUUUAAAGGGGAUAUUGUGUAAUUAUAUUUUUAUGUACACUAGGUGCUUUUGAAGUUGUUUACAGUAAAAUCAGAUGUACUGCCGUUUUUUCCCCACAUAUUCAGGAAACCAUGUAUAUCCCCAAAGAGGAGACACAGACACCCAGAACAAGAUUCUAGCGUUGUUGCUACAUAGAAGCUUAGAACCUAUUGAAAGAAAUUACGCUUUAGGUUUAGAGUUUGCCAACAAGCUAGCGGAGCUGAAGGAGAUAGAGGCUUUGAAGGAGGACUUGGAGCUGGAAAGGGAGCUCUCCUCAAACACACUAGCGGAGGACAAGUCCAUACUGCGAAAAAGGGUUGAGCCCUGUUUCUGGAAGUACUGUGUAUGACAGUACUUCCAGGAGCGCAGUACUGUACAUGCAGUACUGUCCUACUUAGAGUGGAGCCUCUGAGUCCCGCUGCAUUGCCCUAACGCCCCAAAGACUCAACACGCUCACAGACAACAACACAACUCACCCAUUACCAAGUGUUUGAAUGUUGUAGUGUAACUAAUAUGCUAAUACUAUAAUGUACUCAUCACUGUGCUGUAACCUCUGCGCUGAUGUCGCAAUAUCGGGCGUCUACAGGUGUUUAUAAUAAGUUCAAUGACGGUUGGGUCUAAAUCAGGGUGGGCACAUUUUAUUUGUGUUGUUUUGCAUAAUUACCUUGUAGUGCAUAAUUACCUCAAACGACCGAAAUGACUUGAUCGCCAGUUCAGUACUGGAUGUAACGCUUCAGAUGCUUCUCUACAGGACUCCAACUUUUGAGAUGACAAGGAGUUAUCAGCAUUUCUCUAAGAAUGGAAGGUAUUGUUGUCACAGCCUAACAUCGUCUGCUGACAAAGGACUUGGUCCAUGUUUCCACACCCAGAGUAACUGUCCUCUUCUCAACAUGUUGACUUUGUCUUCCUCUAGUGGUAAAUGGGUGCAGUGACGCAAUUCAUGUACUUUCCAUUGUCAAGUAUCAGUAUUGCUUUGAUGAAUGUGUUACCGUUUCCUUCAUUUAAUAAACUAUAUA